AUGGAUGGCAGAGAUUUUGGUCCUCCACGAUCCGUCCACGUCCCACCUCCGCUGUUGGCCGGGCUCGCAAUGGAGUCUCACCGACUCGGAGCAGCGGCUGCAGCCGGGAGGAUCCCUCCCUCGCCCGGUCACUUGGGCGCGAGUCAUCCGCCGCCUCUCCACUCCGGAAAAUUCUUGCCAUCGGCCAUUAACCUACAUUCACACCACGGCGACGCCUUCCCGGCAGGCUCCAGCCCGUUCCUGUCAGGUUACCCAGGCCCCUCCCCCCUGACCUCCGACCCCACUUACAGAUCGGCCAAUCCCAGCAGUCUGCAGAUGGCCCAGCUCUGGGCUUCACACGCCCAUGAAGGUUACCCGCCUCUCCCCAGCAGCCUGUACUCCAGUCCCUUCCUGUCCCUGGGGCACCUGGAGCCGCCCUCGCUCUCCCAGCACCCGCUCUACGACUCCCAUAAAGAGGGAUAUUACCUGCCGUCCUCUCUCAGCCAGUCGCCUCUGCACCCGCCGUCUGCCCCGCCCGGCCUGCCGUCCAGCGCCACGCCACCCCAGAGGACGCCCCGGGACGGCGGCGGCAGGGACAGGCCCUACCGGGGGGAGAGGGAGCGCGAGAGGGACAAGGAGCGGGAGCGUUCGCGGGAGGAGCAGCGCCCGCACAGCGUGGUGGACCUGACGCAGGACGCGAGGAGCGAGGAGGACCGCCGAGCCAGCAGGGAGCGCGAGCGGGAAGCGGACAGAGACCGAGAUGUUUGGUCCUUCCAUCCUCACCAGCAGAAGUCACACUCCACGGUGGACCCCAGAUUCAGACUGUCGUCCCCGCAGCCCGCCUUCCCUCCUGGUGGGAGCAGGUUUCUCGGACCAGAAACAGACAGGGGGGUCCGGGAGGAGGAAGGCGGCUCUCGACCCCACCUCAACCACAACUCCAACUCCAAUAACUCAAACUCUCACCCAGACCGGCACAGGAGGAACGACUCUGUCGCCACGUCAGCCGGGACCCUUCACAUCUCCUACGGCCUUCCUCCUCCCCCUCUCCAGCCCUCCUCCGCCGCCGCGCCGCCACACCUCUCUGCAGCCAGGGAGCCUGCCAGAGAGCAGCGGGUCAGCGCGCCCACGUACGUGCCUUCCGUGGAGGUUUACGACGAGCGCGCCGGGCCCAUCCAGAUCGCCUCGCAGGCCCGCGACAACAAACACAGAGACAGAGAACGGGAAAGAGACAGAGACACUGAGAGAGACAGAGACAGGGAGAGGGAGAGCUACCGGUUUCAUGAGAGGAACCUCAUGGAGCAUCCACGGCUCUCCCAGUCUGGCGAUUUAAGCAAUCAAAGAGAGGAGGGUUCGGUCAUUUGCUCCAAUGGCUCCAUUGGGAAGCGAGGCCCGGACGCCUCUUUCUCCUCCAGUCAAUCAAGGUUCAGCCCAGAAAGCAGGGACGUCCCCAAACACUCGGCCCGCCUGGGCCUGGAGCGGGCAGGGUCGGAACCGAAGUGGAAUACCAUCAGCCCGCUGGCUAAUUACGCCACGAGUCACAUGGCCGCCUUGGCGGCCCAGCACGGACACGCACUCUCCUCCCCCCACAGCCAGCCGAUGCACACACAAGUGUCCCCUCACGCUUCCCACCGGCCUAACAGCGGCUCGCAGUCCUCCCACAGACACUCCCCCCAGACACACCCCUCCCAGCAUGGGCGUGCAGGUGAGGAUGGGGGUCAGAGACGUUAUCUCGACCCCGCAGCGCUUUACCGGCCCGGGGCGUCGCUGGUGGGAGGGUCCAGCGGUGGAGAGCGCUGUAGCGGAGGAGCAGGGUCUGACUCCACGGAGGUCUCAGCCAUGCAGAGCCUCAUUAAAUACAGCGGAAACUUUGCCGCCGAAAGUCCCGGAUCCUCCAAGAGCAUCGCAGACAACCGGGGGCCGUUUGGCGGACUGGGUUGCAUUGGGAUGGACGCCGAGCGGGAGAGGGAGAAAGACAGGGAGCGGGAGAGGGAGAAGGAGAGAGAGCGGGAGAGGGUGUCGGUCGGGUGCGGCGGAUCGGGGCCUUUGAGGGUUCCUCCUCAGCUGAAACGGGAACAGGAGCGGCCGGACAGCGCGCGCUCCUUCGGCCGGGAGGGAGAGGGUGAGGUGCGUCACCCUCCCGUCGGGAUCGCUGUGGCCGUGGCCCGGCCGAAAGACAGCGGGACCACAAGUAAACAGACCGGUGGAUCGUCGGAUGCUCAGAGACCCCUGCUGCAAACAGCUAUCAAAGAUGAGGAGCGAGGGGAGGACCGCGCUCGCCACCAUGAUGACAGACUGCUGGCUGGCCGGCUGGAACGUGAGCAGGAGAAAGUACUCAGAGAAUCCAAGGAGCUUGCAGAGUUCACUCAGAUGCACCCCACCCCCCUGCCCGGCGGCCUCACACCCAGUAUGAUGACACCCAGUCUGAUGACUCCCAACCUCAUGGUCACGGGCGGGGCGGCCCUGGCCGGGGCGGGCCGGUGGCCUCCCGACCCUUCAAGCCUGGCGUCUCAUCCGUGGAUGCCCCGGCCUGGAGCGCCGCCGGUCUGGCUCCCCAGCUCACCGUACAGCCUGGGUCCCUCAUCACUCCACCAGACCCUCCCCCCAGGCUACCCACCCUCCCUGCCAGGCUCCAUGCCCCCACCCUACCAGUUCGCCAGGGAUCCACAGUCUGGGCAGCUAAUCGUCAUUCCUGCUGAACACCUGCCACAUUACGGAGGCGAUGUACUGGAGCGUGGAGCCCCGAUGUGGUCGGGUGUGUACGGUACAGGCAGCUCUCUGCAGCACGCGGCCCAGCUGCAGCUCCUCUCCCAGCAGCAGAUGCUCCGGCAGCAGGAGCUGCUCAUGAUCCAGCAGCACACCGUGCAGGUCCUGGAGCUGCAGAGGAAUGCCCAGCUCGUGGAGCGCUUAAAGGCCGGCGAGCACCGGCCCGAGAUUGAAGACAAAGCAGACAAGCGGAACAGCGACCCGAAGCCCCGACCCUCCUCGAGAUCCUCCCCGUCUCCCUCGCCGGUUCUGCACCCUCGCAAACCUCCCCCUCCCUCCCGCUCGCCCACCCCGUCCACGUCCUCCCUCACCCCGCUGCCCCCCCUCCCCUCCCCCGUGACCGCCCUCAAGUCGGAGGAGGGGGGACAGCGGGUGCUGUCUCACCCUCCGAAGCCCCUGCCUCACCCGGCCUCCCCUCGCUCGGCCUCUCCUCCCCCGUCCUCACCCCGGCGGCCCAAGCAGGAGGUGACGGAGGAGGCGGACGUGGCUCGCAGGGAGCAGAGAGACGGCCCAAAGCCUCCCUCUGCACCUUUUCAAGGCAUCUACUCUGAUCUACCUCCAGGUUACCCAUACCAGUCCAUCACUGCCCCAUUUGGCUCGCCGUUCCCCCCUUACCAUCUACCCCCAGCAGAAAACAGAGAAGCUAUCCCGCCCCUUCGCUCCUGCUCCCCCACCUCAGCCCCUCUGCCCCCAGCUCACCUUCACUCAAGGCUUCUGGAUGCUGAUAUCAAGCCACAGAAACUAGAGCCUUCAAAGACUGAAUCGUUCCUCAAGCAGGAGCCCGGCGUUGAGCAGCCUCGGCUCGUUAUGACACCGGAGCCGACCGGGCCUCUCCGACUCGGCUGCAGCGGCCUGAAAGCUGACCAGGACAGAGAUGGAGACGGCGAGGCACCCAAGAAACAACCGCUACCUCUGCUUGUGCCCAGUCCUCGGCCAAACCUCGACAAAAGGCUGGAAGACCAAGAAGAGGAGAAGGAAGGAGGUCAAAUCAAAAUGGAAGUGUCAUCUUACCCAUGUCAGGCAGUCUAUUCCCUUCCUCCUACGCUCACCGAAGUCGAGCCCAAGCCAGAGGUCAGCAAAGACCCGGAGCGGACGCGAUAUCCACCGUGCCUCGCUGCAGAUGUGCACAGCCAGGAGCUGUCCCAGAUCCGCCCUGCGCUCGAGCAAACGGCCGCUGUCGUGUGUGAACAAGAGCGGCCGGACACUCCAGUUAGCUCACACACUCCCAUCCAGAAAGGAAGCGUCCCGGAACCCACCGCCUAUCCUCCUGCUCCAAGCCCCCCUCUCUCGCUCGUGAUCGGCGUGGAGGAUCCCAUGGCGGGCAUGCUGGCCCUGCUGACGGCCAGCGAGAUGGCCCAGGCCCGUCCUGCCACCCCUCCCGCCCCGACACUCACACCGCAGACAGAGAACUCCCCUGUGGGUGUGGACUGCAGCAGCACGGGGCCUUUAGAGAUGGUGGCUCUGGAAGGGAUGGCCCUGCUCAGCCAAAUGGCACAGCAGGAGUUAGAGCAGAUGUGCCAGGAGCAAGAUCUGACUUUGGAUGGUCUGGACUGUCUCCUUGAAGCAAGCCGACAAAUCCUGUUGGAGGCCAUCGAGAAACAGUCUCACAUCGAUCUGCCGAGAUCGCUGGACCCCAGCAAGAAAUACAGCUGGAGACAGAGGAAAGAGGAGCCGCUGUACAGUAAAAUGACUGUGGACAUGCUGGACGCAGUGGAAGUGGAGUAUCGCAUCCGCCUGGCCGAACUGCAGAAGACCUACAAGGAGAAGCAGAGGGAGAUGGGCAAGCUGCAGAGACGAAGGGACAAACGUGAGCGGCAGCAGCAGGAGGAUGAGAGGCGAAGCCUGACCAGACGGGGCAGAGGGCGACCCAGGAAAAGGAAACACCUGACCACUCCUCCCAAACUGGACAGCAGGCCUGGAAAGGUGGGGAGGACAGUGCAAUACUCUGAGGACUCUGAAGCAGGAGAAGGACAGAGAAAAAGAUUUCGGAUCUCCAGAGAGGAGGAGGAGGCUGAAGUGGGAAGUGGUGGAUUGAAAGUGAAAAAGAAGAAGAAAAAGAAGAAGAGCUGGACCGAACAGGAGCCGUCCACGAGUCACGCUCUGGAGGUGCUGAAAGGGAAGCGGGGCCACGUGUGCGAGCAGGAGCAGCUGGCGUCGGACCUGGACCGGGCGCUUUCCCUCUCGCAGCUCGGCUCGCUCGCCGCGUCUCGGAAACUCUCCUCCAGCGCAAAGCUGGAGAAGUUGAAGAGCAAGUCCGGCGAAGGCCGAAUGAAAGAGCGAGGCGUCCACUCCGCCGCCGCCGCCAAAGGAGGGAAACACAAGAUGGCCGCGAAGGCUUUGGCUUCAGACGCUGUCCGGAAGGUGAAAGGUCAGAAGAAGACCGCUGUGUUUUCUCCUGUGAGAUCAGAGCUCAGCAGCUGCUCCAACAACUCCGAUUCAGAGGAGCACAGUUCUGCACGAGGGGGCUGGCCCCCUCUCUCAGGGACCCACUCCCACGGCGACCUGACCAGGAAGAGGCGGUCCGCGACGUCGCCGACAUCUCUGCUGUCGAGCCAGAAAUCUCAGAAGAAGAAACACAAGCACUUAUCGCUGCUGCUGGAGGAGGCGGGCCUCAGCUCCUCUGACGACUCCUUCGACCAAGAAACCUCAGAGGAAGAGGAGGAUGACGAAGAAGAGGAGGAGGAGGAGGAGUCGGAUUCGGAAGAAGGUGGCUGUGAGGAGAGUGGGCUGGGCCUGUUGGCGAGGUUUGCGGCCAGUGCGCUCCCCGUCAGCUCGACCCCUCUGACCCUCCUCCACGAUGGCAAACACUCCGGCAGGCAAAGCACUCUGGGUAUGCCAGAGUGUGAGUGGUCGGACUCGGGCUCGGACUUGAGGCUGAGGAAGUUCCCCUCCCUGCUGCACGGGAAACGCUCCGCCCCGGAGCUCCCGCUUCUGCCCCCCGCCUCCCGCCGCAUCGACCAGUCAAGCCCCACGAAGCGCGAUGAAGUCCUCCCGGUCAAGCGGAAGCCGCUGCCCAAACCCCGGCCGACGCCCCGGUCGCCACGCCGCUUCAGCUUCGACCUGGCCGCCGGCCCCGGGUUCGGCGGCUUCAGCGAGGACGAGGGAUGGAACCGCCGGCGCAGCGAGAGAAUCUUCCUCCACGACGCCACCGCCUCGGCCAAUCAGACGCCGGUGUCCACCUCCGUGUCCUCCGGCCAGAGCUCCUCAUCAUCCUCCUCAUCCUCGGCGCCCGCCCCGCCUCUCCCCCCGAAGCCCGCCUCCAGAACCAAACCCGCUCCGUCCAGCAGAGAGGGCAAAGACGUGGUGAAACAGAAAAAGAAGUCGAAGGACUCUCCGCUGCCUGUGAGCCCGUCCGGUCUCUGCAGUCCAAUCGCAGACGUCCCCGCAGCUCUGAGCCUCAGUCCGGCGCGCAAGAGCCAACCCAAAGCCAAGGCCAAGGCGAGGGAGCCGUCCAGGGGUGCGGUGAGCCGCCUGAUGGAGAGCAUGGCGGCGGACGAAGACUUCGAACCCAACCAGGACAGCAGCUUCAGCGAAGACGAGCUGCUCCCGCCGCGCAGCAACAGCGUAUCGGAGCGAUCCUCUCCGCCUGCUCCGGUGCAGUGUGUGCUGGAUAAAGAUUCUCUAGUGGACGGUCUGAGGGUUUUGAUCCCGAUGGACGACCAGCUUCUGUACGCCGGACACGUGAACACUGUGCACUCUCCUGACAUAUACAGCGUGGUGGUGGAGGGGGAGCGAGGCAACCGACCACACAUCUACUGCCUGGAACAGCUGCUUCAGGAGGCUAUCAUUGAUGUGAAGCCGCCAUCCGUGCGCUAUCUCCCUGAGGGCACCCGCAUCGCCGCCUACUGGAGCCAGCAGUACCGCUGCCUGUACCCGGGCACGGUCGUCAACGGCAGCUCUGAUAUCGACGAGAACGACGAUCUUAUCACGGUGGAGUUUGAUGACGGCGACACGGGACGCAUCCCCCUCUCCCACAUCAGGCUGCUGCCUCCAGACUACAAGAUCCACUGCGCUGAACCGUCCCCGGCGCUGCUGGUGGCGAGCUGCAACAGGAGGAGGGUCCGCAAGUGCAGCAAGGAGGGCAAAGAGGCGGGAACAAAGCCAGAGGAGACGACACCCAAGACUAAAGGAAAACCCGGUCGCAAACCCAAACCAAAACCGGAGGCGUCUUUGAACCCAGAUGGCCGAGAGAAGGCCGAUCCUCCGCCGUCCUCUGCUCAGUCCGCUGAGAGACCUCAGGCUCCCUCCAAACCUCCUCAGGACAGGACGUCUGUCCAGAAAGCGGCUCAGGAGAAGCCCCGGCCGGCGUCCCGACCAGCGAUGGGAGCGCAGCCGAAACCGGCUCGCAAGAACUCCGCCACGUCCCCGACCAGCAGCCCGACGCUUCCCAGCCCAGCGCCCAGGAAGAGUGGCUCAUCGCAGCCUCCCGCUUCCAAAGCGGCCCGUCCGCUGCCCCCGUCGCUCUACCCCUCCACCUAUGGUAAAGUCCUGACUGUGGAUCUGUACAGCGAGCCCAACCUGGGCUCCUACACCAGCCAGCGCAGGGACAGAGAGAACAGCAGCACCGGCAGUCCCACCGCCGGCAGGCCCAUGUCCAGGCCCGGGGCGACCGCUGCGCCUGCCGGAGCAAAGUCCGGCGUUUCGUCCACAGCCAGGUCGAAUUCCGCCCCCUCGCCUAAAACGAAACCGUCGUCGGACCACCACAGCGGGUCCAGGCCCGGCCUCAGCUCCGGACUCCUGCCCAGCCCGAUCUCCAGGCUGCCGUCCAACAAGUCCAGCUCUUCUCUGGCUCCCAGGCCGCCGUCGUCAUCUCCGCUGUCCUCCGCCCCCCGACCCAAACUGAAAAUGCCGUCCAGCCAGCUGCCCUCCAGGCCGACGCCCGGCCAGAUCUCCAGGCCGAAGUCCGGCUCGGGGCAGAACGACGUGGCCUCGGCGGCGAGGCGCAAGUCCCUGCCUGCAGAGCCCCUGGUGAAGCUGGACCAUGAAGGCGUCACGUCCCCGAAGACGAAGAAGACCAAGGCUCUGAUGCUGCUGGAGGGUCGGGGUGUCAGGCGAGACCACGCCCCCCUCACGACAGCGGCGGCCAGCCAGAAGCUGAUAAAAGCUAAAGUGAGAGCAUCGGACACCGAGGCGGCUCCGCCAGAGAAGGACUACAAGGCGCCAGUGCUGACGAAGGAGAAGGCGGAGAGCCGUGGGAAUGCCGGACGAGGACCGGAGGCGGACGCUAGAGAGGAGAAAUGCAAAAAUAAGGAGAGAAAGGAGGUGGAGAAGAGGGAGGAGAGGAAGGUGAAGGAGGAUUCCCAAAGCAGCAGCAGCUCAGAGUCGGAUGAAGAAGGGGAUAAAGGGAAAAUGAAGAAGAAGAAAUGCACCUCCAGCUGCUCGUCCUCCUCGUCAUCCUGCUCUGGCUCCUCCUCUUCGUCCUCGUCUUCCUCGUCGUCGUCAUCCUCUUCAUCAACUGAUGACUCCUCUUGCAGCUCAGAUGAGGAGAGGACCCCCACCCCCCCGCCGGCUCCCCUCCAGAAACCUCCAGCUCAAGACAAACCUAAAGAGGAGGCAAAGGAGGAAGAAGAAGCAGUGAAGGAGGAGGUAGAGGUGAAGGAGGAGGAAGAGGAGGAGGAGGAGGAGGAAGAAGAGGAGGAGGAGGAGGAGCUGUCUCCUCCGUCAGAGUCUCCAUCCCCUCCGCCGUCUCCAACUCCGGCUACUCCCACCCCUGCCAAACCUGCCAAACCAGCCACCGGGAAGGGUUCAGGGCAGAGGGGUCGUCCCCCGAAACCGAAGCCCAGCGGCGGGGAGGGCAAGGCGGGGAGGCCCAAGCGGAGAGAGGGCGUCCAUCUCCCCACAACCAAGGAGCUGGCGAAACGCCAGAGGCUCCCCAGCGUGGAGAACCGGCCCAAGAUCUCCGCUUUCCUUCCCGCCAGACAGCUGUGGAAGUGGUUUGGGAAACCCACUCAGAGACGCGGCAUGAAGGGCAAGGCCAAGAAGCUCUUCUAUAAAGCUAUCGUACGCGGCCGGGAGAUGAUCCGCAUCGGGGACUGCGCCGUGUUCCUGUCCGCCGGCCGGCCGAACCUGCCCUUCAUCGGACGCAUCCAGAGCAUGUGGGAGUCCUGGGGCAGCAACAUGGUGGUCAGGGUCAACUGGUUUUAUCACCCCGAGGAGACCAACCCAGGCAAGAAACUCACCGACAAAAAGAACUGGGAUCAGAUGUGUGGUCAGUCGCUCCCAGCAGCCCUGCACUCAUCCAUCCAGAGGAAAGACUUUAUGGAGCGCGCCUUGUACCAGUCGUCUCACAGCGACGAGAACGACGUGCAGACGGUCAGUCACAAGUGCCUGGUGGUCAGCGUGGAGGAGUACGAGCAGAUGACCCAUACUCGCCGCUACGCUGACAGCGAGGACCUCUACUACCUGGCCGGCACCUACGAGCCCACCACCGGCAUGAUCUUCAACACGGACGGAGUCCCGGUCAUCUGCUAGUGACGGCUCUCCGCCGCCGGCUCGGACCUCAAUCACAACAAUCGUCGACUCUGAUACCGUCACGAACAGUUACUACUACCGAGACGGGAGACACUAACGGACAGUAUUAAAAAGGAACAAGUCUCCUGAAAACAUUUUGCACACACAAACUUUUACUAACACAUUCGGUUCUCACUUGCCGUGUUCGUGGGAACGCUUUCAAGAACACGCACGAGCACUUCGGUCUCCUUUUACAUGUAAAUACCCCGCACAAACUGGUGCAUAUGUACGUUCACACAUGCACAAACACAAUGUAAAUUCUCACCUCAUGUAACAGGUAAAACACACAGUUAUAUAGAGGAAAAAUAUAAGUGUUUUAUUUUCAUGUAAUAGAUUUAUGUCAGAGUACUUUUUUCUAAAGAGGUAAAAACUGUCGAGAAGCUUUAACGAACUGUGAAAGACGAUGCACGAGAGACGGGGGGGAGGGGGGUCCGCGGCGAGACGGACACGUGCACGCCGCCGGUGUGACGUUGUGAUUCUAUGAUGUUGCUGUGGUGAUGUUACAGUCAUGUUACAGUCCUAUCGGUGUAUCUACAGAACAGCAGGAGCGACAGACAAAGAGAGAGACGCACAGAAAGUGAGAGAGGAACACUCCUGUUUGCUGUCCCAACACAGAGCACUUAAGAUGAAAACACUUGGAGGUGCCGCCUCCUUUAAUUUAACCCCUUCGAUUCCCCUUGACAAUCCUAACCAGGGCAGGAAAUCUGUCCUGUUGCAACGAAAACUUCGGACUCCCUCAGAGACUCAGGCUAAAGAGAGAGGAAGGAAUCUUGUGCUGUUAUGAACACUUAUCGUUUUCAUCUUUGAGUUGCUUUUCCUGAAGGAAAAAAAUCCACCCAGAAAACAACGGGAACACAAGUAUCUGCCAUUGAGGUGUUUUCUUGUGUGCCCAUUUUGCAGAGUUGGAAGAGCUGAUUUCAUGAGGAAAAAAAAAAAAAAAACUAAAAGGAGGCAGAGAUUCAAAUUCGGUGACUGUUAGCUUGAAUAAUUUAUGAUACGUGAUUUGCAUGGAAAACAAAUGGGAAGCCAAGAAGAAUCUUUAAAGGUGCAGUCUGUAAG